AUGUCUCACUCUUCCUCCCCAGUCACGAUGUUCAAGGCGAUGAUCCGACGUAUGUCUACAAAAGCGGGUAUCUCGGAGAAAGAAUGGUUCGAGAAGCGACCGAAUAUGGAGCCGCCCGCACAGCCCUCACAGACCUUCUUGCAGGCGGUUGAGACCCGCAGAUCGCACUACAGCAUUGCCAAUUCCUCUCCUAUAUCUGACAUCCGUAUCGUUCAAGUCGUCCAACACGCCGUCACCCACGUCCCCAGCUCUUGGAAUUCCCAGUCUUCACGUACAAUCGUUCUGUUCGGGAAUGAACACGCAUGGCUCUGGGAUACUGUCAUCAGUGCUCUCAAGAGGAUUACCAGUGGAUCCAAGUUCGAAGCUGCGUCUGGGAAAGUCACAGCAAGCAUGAAGGCCGGCCACGGUACCGUACUCUUCCUCGAGGAUGACGAGGUCAUUCGGGACCUCCAACAGCGGUUCCCAACUUACAAGGACGACUUUUCUACUUGGAGCGAACAGACGAGUGGGAUGGUGCAGUUCAUUACCUGGGUCGCGCUGGAAGAGGAGGGUCUGGGCGCGAAUCUGCAGCACUAUAACAAGCUCAUAGACGCUGAAGUUAGGGAUCACUUCAAGAUUCCAAAUUCCUGGAGACUCGUGGCGCAGAUGCCCUUCGGCGAGCCGACCGCAGAGCCUGGAGAAAAGGCGUUUCAGCCUAUAGAGCCUAGGGUGAAGGUGUAUGGGAUAUAA